AUGAGCACCAAAAACAGUGUGGAGGUCAGCCAUGGCCGUGGAGGAGCUGGAAACAUUGGUCCAGACUCGACUCAGUACACCGAUGGUGAAAUCGUUCGCGAGGGUGUUGUUGGCGAGCACGGCGAUGGAGCAUUCAGCACUGGCCGGGGUGGAGCAGCCAACAUUGGUUCGCCCGGAAUGAAAGCUACAAAGAGGAAGGACGAUAUGGCGAUUCCGGAUGUUGCUCUGCGACCCAGCAUGGAGGACCAGACAUUUCACACUGGACGAGGCGGCGGAGGCAACGUCCACAAGCCAGACCCUCCAGCUGGCCCCAAACACCCCAUCGGCUUCGCUGAUAAGUUGAAGAAUAAGCUGUUCAAGAAGAAGGUAGUGGAGAAGGGCCCAGCUGCAGAGACCACUGCUUAA